CAUCCGCGAAUCGAACAUCCCUGCCCUGUGCAUGACAGCUCAGAGGAGAGCAGGAGGACCGCGACGCACAGGGACAGUCCUCAAUCUCCCACCUUAUUUUUUUGUCAGCUAAUCACAUCCAUACACACUGAGAGGAAAAGCGGUGUAUGUUUUGAAAUAUUGGCGAUCAUCGGUUGACAGCGCUCGGAGGAUUCAUCCCGGGAUAUUGAAUGGAAGCGGCGGCUGAAGGGGCGGCCAGCCUGUCUGAGGCCGGGGAUGGGAGUCCGUUAUCCGGGGCAGCAGCAUCCGAGGACGCGGACGGUAUGGACUCGGACUCUAUAUCGAAAAAGGCUUUCAUAACAGAGAUGCCUUCAUCGUCAGGCCAGCCGGCCCAUGGGAAGAAGAUCGGACACAGAGGAGUGGACGCUUCUGGAGAAACCACGUAUAAGAAGACCACAUCUUCAGCUCUCAAGGGGGCCAUUCAGCUAGGGAUUGGCUACACGGUUGGCAACUUGAGUUCCAAGCCUGAGCGGGAUGUCCUCAUGCAAGAUUUCUAUGUGGUGGAGAGCAUCUUCUUCCCCAGUGAAGGGAGCAACUUGACGCCAGCCCAUCAUUUCCCAGACUUCCGUUUCAAAACCUAUGCUCCCGUCGCCUUCCGUUAUUUCAGAGAGCUCUUCGGGAUACGGCCGGAUGACUAUUUGUAUUCACUCUGUAACGAACCACUGAUCGAGUUGUCCAAUCCUGGAGCCAGUGGCUCAGUCUUCUACGUCACGAGGGAUGAUGAGUUCAUCAUUAAGACAGUCAUGCACAAGGAGGCAGAGUUUUUGCAGAAGCUUCUUCCUGGAUAUUACAUGAACUUGAAUCAGAAUCCUCGCACCUUAUUGCCCAAGUUCUUCGGGCUGUACUGCGUACAAUCGGGCGGGAAGAACAUCCGGAUGGUGGUCAUGAACAACGUUCUGCCCAGGGUGGUGCGCAUGCACCUCAAAUACGACCUGAAGGGGUCCACCUACAAGCGACGGGCCUCUAAAAAAGAGCGGGAAAAGGCGAGGCCCACUUUCAAAGACCUUGAUUUCAUGCAAGACAUACCAGAGGGUCUCAUGCUGGAUACAGACACAUACAGUGCUCUGGUCAAGACGUUACAGAGAGACUGUUUGGUCUUGGAAAGCUUUAAGAUUAUGGAUUAUAGUUUGCUGCUGGGAGUUCACAACAUCGAUCAGGCGGAGAAAGAGCAGCAGAUGGAGGGAUCUCAGGGCAACAGUGAUGAAAAGAGGCCGCUGGCACAGAAAGCGCUCUACUCCACUGCCAUGGAGUCCAUACAGGGAGCGUCGGCCUGUGGAGAGGAGAUUGACACAGAGGACACGAUGGGUGGUAUUCCUGCAGUCAAUGGAAAAGGAGAGCGUCUGUUGCUCUACAUUGGAAUAAUCGACAUCUUGCAGUCUUACAGGUUAAUAAAGAAAUUGGAGCAUACGUGGAAGGCUCUAGUCCAUGAUGGGGACACAGUGUCUGUUCACAGACCGUCUUUCUAUGCCGACAGGUUCUUCAGGUUCAUGAGCACUACUGUAUUCAGAAAGACUUCCUCACUGAAAUCCUCUCCAUCAAAGAGGGGUCGUGGGGGUCUGGCUGCAGCCAAAUACAGCGGUCCCGGGGCAGCCUGGUCGGCCAGCCAGCUGCCGUUUGUAAGAGACGAAAACAUCUACGACCUGAGAGGAGCCCGUAGCUUCCCCACGCUGGAAGAUGAUGGUCGGGCGGAUGUGCUUCCCUGCACCCCUCCCUCAUUCGAGGAGGCCACCACAGCCUCCAUCGCCACCACGCUCUCCUCCACCACCUCCCUUUCCAUCCCAGAACGCUCCCCGUCGGACACCUCCGAACACCCGCGCUACAGGAGACACACCCAAUCCAGCCAUGAAGAAACAAUGCAGGAUGAGGACCAGCAAACCAUCACAGUGGAGGUAGAAGUGGAGGGACGAUAUGACAGCGAACCCACCCUCGUGGCUCCCCAGGUAUCGCCGGAGAACAGUGAAGCUGCAGAGACGUUUCUAGAAGCCUCGUCCUCCUCCGUCCCGGCGAGCCCCAGGAUAAUGGUAGAAUCUGACGGCGGCAGUCAGGCCUCAGGCUGUACGAGCCGUGCCUCUGUGGACGAGGACGAGGACGUGCCAGUUACAGACAUUUAUUUUCCUCCAGAAGACAAAAGCUGGGUAUAUUCUCCUCUGCACUUCAACUCAGGGCCUAAAACCCUGCCAGAGGAUGAAGGGGAGAGUGAAACAUAAUAAGACCUCAGGAAAGAGGGGCAGCUACAAGGUUCGGACUCUUCAGACGUCCGGAAGCUCUACUGGUCGGACUUUUUCGCAACUUAAGCAUCAUUUUCAUCGUCCUUUCACCCAUUCCAUAAACAACACCAAGCAAGUAGUAAUACCAAUGUCCAGACUUAUUUAUGAGUAAUAAUGAAAAUAUUCAUGUUCAGUUAUUUUUUGAUUGUUUUGUGUUUCAUUUAUUGUCUAAUUUACAUACUGUGAACAUGUUUUCCGAUUUGAACUCUGGGACUCAAGACUUUUCCCAUGAGUGGGUUGUAGGUUAUUAUUUUUAUUUAAAUUUGUUUUAGGGGUCGCAAGUUGUUAAUGCGCCUUGGUCAUCAGGUAGCAUUGUUUGUUUCGUAACUGUUGAAGAAUUAAAGUUCUGUCGCAGUCCUUAUAUAUACACAAACAUGGUUUGCUUUAGUUUUAUUGGUUCUUCUGAAAAAUAUUAUGCCAGCAAUAGUGUUCAGUGUUUCAGAGUUAUGAAAUUCCAACAAGUGGCUGUUUGAUGUGUGAAAUUUGGCAAUAACCAAAGUCCCAUAAUGUUCUCUUUUUUUUCAAUUUAAUUUUAAAAAUUAGGACUGAUAACGGAUUCUGGAGGUUAUAGAGAAUGGCAUUUUCCACAUCACCUGAUCUUUAUAUUCUUGUUUUAGCUAAUUUUUGUACAUUCUGGUAAUUUAAAUUUGUUCCACAGAUUUUCCCGCCAAAAUCCAGUACAAAGUCAUCAGGGCCUGGUUAUUAGAAGACAUGUUAAACUGAAAGAUGGGACCAAACUUAUUAUGUGGGAGGCCAAAUAUGAAAAACAACUUGUUACCAUAAUCGCAAUCAGAAAUAUUUAAGUUAAAACAUUAAAUUGUAAAUCCACAUGUAUAGAAUUUGUGUGUGUGCCUAUGCAUUGAGCGUGUUUGUGGUUUUGAGUAAGCGAGUGUCUCAUUUUACAAUGAAAGUGUGCAACACUGAUUCUUAUAAUGUGCAGUGGCCAGUUGCUAUUGGUAUUGCUGUUGUAUCUAAAAUAAAGGGACUACUGCAGCAAUACAUUUGUAAAGUGUAGCACAUGCAUAUUUUGGUUGCCUUAUUUUUUGCCAACCUAAAUCCUAUUGUAGUUAUAAACUAUUCACUGAUUCAGUCUUUCUUUCUGGUUCACCAAUGAUAGUGUCUUAGAGAAUUUGUAUAUAGAUCUUUAAAUACAUAUAAAAUCUAUUUUAAAUGUUAUUUGAAGUUUUCUUUUGUAUUUUAUUUUGCACAAGUGGCUUGCGAAAGGUGUCCUAUAGGUCCACACGAACCCACCCAUUCUUCCAGCGUCGAGGACGUUUUCUUGUGUUCGAGUCUGUUUCUUUGUAUCAUGUGUACACUUUGCGGUUGGGAUUGUAAAGUCUAUACGGUCAAAGACAUACAACUGUAUCAAUCGCUUACUCUUCCAAAAGUUGAGCUGUGUUUGCGUGUGUACGUGUGGUCAAAAACCUGUGUGCCCCCCUAAAUAGCAAAAGAGCAUGAUGAAAUGUGAGUCUAUUGACAUUGAUGUACAGCAUAGACAUUUAUCUCUAUGGAAAGACCAUGACCAAUGGGCCGAUGUGUGUACAUUUGUUCAGAUCCUUAAAUAAAUACAGCUCACGGACUUGA